CAGAGGCUAGUUUUGAGAAACACAACUUCGUUCAAGAUGUUGCGUUCAUCAUUAAGCAGUUUUAUUCUAUUAAUUUCAAUCAGUUGGUGUUCAGUCUUGUGUAACCCAUCCGAGCUUUUAGACUUACCAUCAUUGUACUCCCAUUACAAUGCUGAUCCAGAUGCAGGAAAAACUCCAUGUGAAUUGAUCAAGUCUCGAAAUUUCAUUUGCGAAAAUCAUUCAAUCAAAACAGAUGAUGGUUACAUACUUUCAGUUCAAAGAAUAAUCAACCCAGUUCUCAGGCAAAGAGGAAAGACCCCAAUCAAGCCUUACGUGCUCCAACAUGGUCUGUUUGGGUCUGCAGCUCAUUUCCUUACUAAUGCUCCAGGAGGCUUUGCUGCUGAUUGGACUGCUAGAUCAUUAGAUUCAUCAAAGCUCAGCCAAAAAGGUCGAAAUUUAGCUUACUUGUUAGCUAACUUUAACUACGACGUUUGGUUACCAAACUCAAGAGGAAAUAAAUACUCAACAAACCACACAACCCUCAAUCCAAAUAAAUUAAUGGGCGAUUUUUGGAAGUUUUCUUUCGAUCAGAUGAUUGCAUAUGAUGCACCAGCAGUUAUAGAUUACAUCUUGAAUGUAACCAACUCAGCAUCUCUUGGUUGGAUUGGUCACUCUCAAGGUACAACUAUCAUGUUCGGUUUAUUGUCAGAAAAGCCUGAAUAUGCAGCUAAAGUAGAGCCAUUCAUUGCAUUAGCGCCAGUGGCACACGUCACUCAUAUAAAAUCGCCACUUCGAGUCUUGGCUCACCUUCAUGGUAUCAAAAAAUUCUUCUACGAUUUCCCAAACAAAUUAACAAUACCACAAGAACUUUUAGAUAAAAUGGCUGAAAAAUGUGAUAAAUCUAUGCUCAAAGAUAUUUGCUCAAUGCCAAUAUUUUUAGCUUGUGGUUACAAUCCAAGUCAAUUGAACUCAACUCGACUACCUGUUUAUUAUACUCAAGGCUUUGCUGAAACUUCCAACUGGGAUUUACUUCACUUUGCACAAAAUAUUGUCAACAGAGGUUUUUACAAAUUUGAUCAUGGAACUGUCGGUAAUCUAUGGCGAUACUAUUCUGUAUAUCCUCCAAAGUAUGAUUUGAGUGCAAUCAAAUCAAAAUCAAUUCAUCUUUUUACUUCUCUCAAUGAUGCACUGGCAAGUCCAGAAGAUGUUAAAACACUUAGAAAGGCUAUGAAAGUGAAUACAUUCGAGUACAGUGUACCUGAAGCUUCGUUCAACCACAUGGACUUCAUUUGGGCAAAGGAUGUUUAUGAAUUACUUUAUAAACGAGUGCUAGAAGUCAUGAAAAAAUUCGAUUAAAUUUAGCAACCAAACAGUUUCUUCGCCGUCAUGCAAAUAAUAUUUGCAUCAAAACUCUGAUGAUAUGCUGUACAAUUGAAUUAAUUGUUAGAAGCAUAUUUAUAAGAAUAAAAUACAAUUUGAAAUGAAACUUGCACAAAAUAUUAAUAACAAUAACAAAUUCGUUUUC